AUGGAGGAUCACCUGCCGAAGAUCCCCAUGAUGUCCUCCGCUUCCCCCACCGAGUCUUCUGGGAGCGGCGGGACUGACGACAGCAGAGGAGCCAAGAGUCCGGCCCCAGGGAAAGCUCUGAGCCCGGCCCUGGUCUGCAAAGUGUGCGGGGACACCAGCAGCGGGAAACACUACGGCAUCUACGCCUGCAACGGCUGUAGCGGCUUCUUCAAACGCAGCGUGAGGAGGAGGCUCAUUUACAGGUGUCAGGCUGGAACAGGCAUGUGUCCAGUGGACAAAGCUCAUCGCAACCAGUGCCAGGCAUGCCGACUGAAGAAAUGCCUACAGGCGGGCAUGAACAAGGAUGCAGUGCAGAACGAGCGGCAGCCCCGCAGCACAGCUCAGGUCCGCCUGGACUCCAUCGACGUGGACCCUGAGAAGGAGCACCUGGCCACCACACGGGAGCCCACCUCCUCUUCUUCAUCCUCUUCCUCCUCUUCCUCCUCCUCCUCCUCCAGCGGGUCAGUCAUCACGUGGCCCCACAUCACCUCCUCCAUGUCCAUCACCUCGUCUGUCGCCCCCCAGCGCUGCAUCAGUCCCCAGAACAACCACCGCUUCAUGGCCAGCCUCAUGACGGCCGAGACCUGCGCCAAGCUGGAGCCCGAGGACGUUGACGAGAACAUCGACGUGACCAGCAACGAGCCGGAGCGAGCGUCCUCGGAGUACCACAUGGCUCUGUACCCGUCCAGCUCUGAAAAUGUGUACGAGACCUCGGCCAGGCUGCUCUUCAUGUCUGUGAAGUGGGCCAAGAACCUGCCGGUGUUCUCUAACCUGCCCUUCAGAGACCAGGUGAUCCUGCUGGAGGAGGCGUGGAGCGAGCUCUUCCUGCUCUGUGCCAUCCAGUGGUCUUUACCGCUGGACAGCUGCCCGCUGCUCUCUCUGCCUGACCUCUGCCCCGGCAUGCAGGGAAAAACCAGCUACACCAGCUUGGACCUGCGCCUCCUGCAGGAGGUCUUCAGCCGCUUCAAGGCCCUCGCCGUCGAUCCCACUGAGUUCGCCUGCCUCAAGGCCAUCGUGCUCUUCAAGCCAGAGACUCGUGGUUUGAAAGAUCCAGAGCAAGUAGAGAACCUGCAGGAUCAGUCUCAAGUGAUGCUGGGACAACACAUCCGCUCGCACUACCCCAGUCAACCAGCCAGGUUCGGAAAGCUGCUUCUCCUUCUUCCCUCUCUGCGUUUCGUGAAUUCGGAGCGGAUAGAGCUGCUGUUCUUCCACAGGACCAUUGGAAACACUCCCAUGGAGAAACUGUUGUGUGACAUGUUCAAGAACUAA